AUCCCACCUUUGCCUAUUUAUUUCCACCAGUUACGUAUCGCCAAUUCCGUAGGGAAGGAGAUCCUUCGACGAACGCGUAGAUAUAUAAAAGGCGUCCGUCACUUCGAUCUCUCAUACUAUUAAAUUCAAUCGUCUCUUACGAACUGGCAGUAAAUAUGAAGACAACGUUCCUUUGUAUUACCGUUCUUGCGGUAAUCGUGGUUACUUCGGCAGAGGAAUCAACGUACACCACGAAAUUUGACAACAUCAAUGUCCAUGAAAUUUUGCACAAUGAUCGGCUACUCAAUAAUUAUGUCAACUGUUUGCUCGAUCAAGGUCGUUGCACUGCUGAUGCUGCUGAAUUGAAAAAAAGUUUGCCAGAUGCUUUAGAAACUGAUUGUUCCAAAUGUUCCCCGAAGCAAAAAGAAUUUGCUGAAGAAGCUAUGAAAUUCCUGUCCCAUAAUAAGAAGGAAAUCUGGGAGAAACUUCUUGCCAAGUAUGAUCCUGAGAAGAAAUACAGAAAUAAAUUUGAGAAUCGUGCGAAGGAAGUCGAUAUCAAGAUCUAAAGAAGAAUUCGAAUAUAUAAGAUGAAGAACGGAAAAAUGGAAAUAGAAAUAUGAUAGAGCGAGAUAAAGAUAGAGAGAAAA